CAGCCAGUCGAGGCCUAGGCGAUGCAUCUUAGCAGCUCCAAGAGCGGAGUAGUCCUGGCUCCGGUGUCCCGAGGUCCCGAUGCUUGUCAGAUGGCGACCAGAGCCCAGCUCGGCCAGGACGCCCCACAAAGAACAGUGCUAGGGGUGCUAACCGAGAAUGUGCAGUACCGGAGCGUCCAGGGGAUCCCCACGGCGAGGUACUUCUCGGGGUCGGAAAAUGCCUUCCCUGCAGCCGUGCUGAAAGCGCAGUCCGCCUGCGGGGCCCACGUGGCGGCCAGGCAGGGACUGGAUGUCCACAUGGCGGAGCCGGAGCCGGAGGACGGACCCAGCUGCACGGGGAGUGAUGGGGUGGCCUUUGGGGACGCGUACGAAGUGGACACCAGCACACUGAAGUCAGACCUGCACUUCCUGCUGGACUUCAGCACAGUGUCCCCCAUGCUGGUGGACGCAGCUCUCCAUCCCCAGUCUGAAGUAGUGUCCGACUGGGGCACCGACGUGAUCAGCGUGACGGAGUAUGUGGAAGAAAUUCACCAGUAUCUCAGGGAGGCUGAAACGCGGCGCCGGCCCAAGGCGCACUACCUGCGGAAGCAGCCGGACAUCACGGACGGCAUGCGCCGGAUCCUGGUCGACUGGCUGGUGGAGGUGGCCGAGGAGUACCGGCUGCGGGCCGAGACCCUCUACCUGGCCGUCAACUUCCUGGACCGCUUCCUCUCGUGCAUGUCUGUCCUGAGAGGAAAACUGCAGCUUGUGGGGACAGCGGCCAUCCUCCUGGCCUCGAAGUACGAGGAGAUCUACCCGCCCGAGGUGGACGAGUUCGUCUACAUCACAGACGACACCUACACGAAGCGGCAGCUGCUGAGGAUGGAGCACCUGCUGCUGAAGGUGCUGGCCUUCGACCUGACGGUGCCCACCACCCACCAGUUCCUCCUGCAGUACCUGAGGUGCCAGGGGGUGUGCGUCAGGACCGAGAACCUGGCCAAGUACGUGGCGGAGCUGAGUCUGCUCGAAGCUGACCCGUUCCUGAAGUACCUGCCUUCCUUGAUAGCCGCGGCCGCGUACUGCCUGGCAAACUACACCGUCAACAAGCACUUCUGGCCAGAAGCCCUUGCUGCGUUCACGGGCUACUCGCUGGGCGAGAUCGGGCCGUGCCUGAGGGAGCUGCACAGGGCCUGCCUCGACGCGCCGCGCUGGCCUCAGCAAGCCGUCCGGGAGAAGUACAAGGCCUCGAAGUACCUGCACGUGUCCCUCCUGGAGCCGCCGGCGGUCCUCCCUCUGCAGUGAGUCUCGGGGCCGUAGCGCCUGCGGAACGAAGCCCCCGAUCAGCGGAUCAGCCCUGGUUUUUGUAGGCUUCUGCAGGUUGGAUCAACUGGUGUCGCUUUCAUAGAGAUGACCUAUUUUUUAAAGA